UCGACGGUGUCAACACCGACACGCGCGGUUCUUCUCGAGCUUUGAUCGUGAAACUUUGAAACAAAUCACAGACGCGACAAACACAGAGUUUACAACCCGGAGGUCACCGACACCUGAGGCACCGACACUCCGCCGAGAGGGCGGACAACAUGGCGGAUUCAACUGCUGCGGAGAACCGCUACGAGCGUCUGACAGCAGAGCAGAUGGAUGAACAGAGGAUCCAAAACGUGGCCUAUCAGUACCUGUGCAGGUUGGAGGAGGCCAAGAGGUGGGUGGAGGCGUGUCUGGGGGAGGAGCUUCCUGCUCCCACGGAACUCGAGGAGGGGCUUAGGAACGGAGUCGUUCUCGCUAAACUGGGUCAUCGAUUCGCUCCCGACGUCGUCCCUCUCAAGAAGAUCUACGACCCCGAGCAGCGGCGGUACCAGGCCGUGGGUCUUCAGUUCCGUCACACCGACAACAUCAACCACUGGAGGAACGCCAUGACAACGUUAGGACUGCCAGCGAUCUUUUAUCCAGAAACGACCGACGUGUACGACAAGAAGAACAUGCCCCGAGCCGUGUACUGCAUCCACGCUCUCAGCCUGUAUCUCUACAGACUGGGCGUGGCUCCUCAGAUCCACGACCUCUAUGGAAAAGUCAAGUUUACUGAGGAGGAGAUCGACAACAUGAAGCUGGCCCUGGAUCAAUACGGGAUCCAGAUGCCGGCGUUCAACAAGAUUGGAGGAAUCCUGACCAAUGAGCUUUCGGUGGACGAAGCUGCAGUCCAUGCGGCGGUGAUAGCCAUCAACGAAGCAGUGGAGCGAGGGGACGUGGGCGUAACGGCGGCGGCUCUGAGGAACCCUGACGCUUUGCUACGAGACCUGCAGGAGGUGCUGACGAGCGUCUACCAGGAAAUGCUGCGUCAGGCCAAGAGGGGGAAAACUGAACGUGCCGCAGGCGGGCGUUCACAGGACAAAGACAUGUAUGAAGAGUUUCUGACUCACAAAGAAAUUCAGAACAACAUCAACGUUGUCAACGUGCGCUGGGCAGUGGAGCAGGUGGAUGAAGCUCUGGAGUCUGGAGAUGAACUAUCUCUGCUCUCCGCUCUGCAGCGGCCAUGUUUGGCCCUCAGGGGCCUCCUCACUCACAACGGCCCCUGGUACCUGGACCAGCUGUCAGCAGACCGCCAGCAGAAGGCGCUGGACGAGGGCUGCGUUGAUCCUCUGGACCCUGACGAGCUGCAGGAAGCCGUGGCCCUCGCCAACGAGGACGCUCACACGUCCAGGAACAUGCAGGCAGCGGUGCAGAGGGUCAACGCCUCCCUCCGACACGGUGACCCCAGACAGACGGUCAGCUGUCUGAUGACCUCUGACCUGCAGCUGCCUCAAGUGUUUCCUGCUGCUGCUGCUCUUUAUCACAGAGAACUGAAGCUGCUGCAGAGACAGAGCCCACAGGGGGAGCUGCAGCAGGAGGAGCUCUUUGUUGCCGUGGAGAUGCUGUCAGCUGUCGCUCUCAUUAAUCAGGCCAUGGAGGCGGGAAACCUGGAGGAGUUCAGCUCCUCAUUGGUCAGUCUGUCUGCAGGACUCUCUGAUGUGGACCCCACCCUGCUGGACCGGUACCUGCAGCGCCUGGCUGGAGUGAAGCAGCUGGGAGCAGAUUUUCUGACCUGGAAUCAGCUGCAGGAGGAAAUAAACUGUGUCAACAUGUCACUGAAGGAGGAAAACCAGAAGCUCCAGGCUGUGGCUGUGAUUAACGAGGCAGUGAUGAGAGGAGACAGUCGGCAGCUGCUGUCUUCUCUGCUGCUGCCCCCCUGUGGCCUGGAGGAGGUUCUACCUGCCAACGCCGGUCGAUACAUGACGCUGCUGAGCAGAGCGCAGCGUCACCAGGCUCAGGUGGGCAGAGACCCAGAAGCUCAGCUGUGGUUGGCUGAUAUCCAGGAGGGAGUGAGGAGAGCCAAUCAGCAGAGCCAGAGAGCUUUGAAGUUGUGUCUGGCAGCAGCAGCAGUGAACCAGGCGGUGAAGGAGAACAAAGUCUCUCAGACUCUUCGUGUUCUGUCUCUUCCUGAGCUGCAGCUGAAGAGAAUCCUCUCAGAGUGUCACAUCGACUAUCAGAGAGAACUGCUGAGUGUGAUCACACACAGGACACACACAGGAGACAACAGGAGUCCGUGGGUUCGAGUCCGGCUGGAGGACGACUUGUCUUAUUACUUCCACCUGAACCGCCUGGAGGGAAGCUGGGACCGACCCAGCGACUUCGUACACAACAGUGUGUUCAUGGACAGACAGGACAUACAGGACGUCAUCAGCAGUGUGUCAGGGUCGUACAGUCGCAGCACCCUCUGGAGGAGCAGCGAAGCCCUCGUUGUGCGUCUGCAGGCUGCGUGUCGAGGAUUCCUGAUCAGACAGCAGCUGGAGGCUCGACGGCGUUUCCUGAUACGUCAGACACCUGCUGUCGUCGUCAUCCAGUCUCACUGGAGGAGGUUUGUCCAGCAGAGGGCGUACAGACGGCGGCUGCAGUUUCUCUACAUGAGCUGGAGAGCUGUUGUCAAGAUCCAGUCGUUUGUGAAGAUGUGGUUGGCGAGGAGAAAAUAUAGAGCACGACUCAGUUUCUUCAGACGCAACGUGGGCGCUGUCAUAAAGAUCCAGGCUUUCUUCAGAGCCAGCCGAGCCAGAGGCCAGUACAGGAUGCUGGUGCACUCGGACACACCCCCCCUCUCCGUGGUCAGGAAGUUUGUUCACCUGCUCGACCUGGGUGACGGUGACAUCAGAGAGGAGGCGGAGCUCCUGCGCCUGAGGGAGGAGGUCGUGAGGAGCAUCCGCUUCAACCGGCAGCUGGAGGCUGACCUGGACCUGAUGGACCUGAAGAUCGGCCUGCUGGUCCGCAACAGAGCCACGCUACAGGAAGUGGUGUCUCACUGUAAGAGACUGACCAAGAAGAACAAAGAGCAGCUGUCGGACAUGAUGGACACGGAGAGAAGUAAAGGACUGAAGGCUCUGAGCCGAGAGAGGAGAGAGAGACUGGAGGCGUACCAACACCUGUUCUACCUGCUGCAGACGCAGCCUCUGUACUUGGCUCAGCUGAUCUUCUUGAUGCCUCAGAGUCGCUCCACCUCCUUCAUGGAAAUGUUGGUGUUUAGUUUGUUUAACUAUGGCUCCGACCACCGGGAGGCGUUCUUACUGCUGCAGAUGUUCACUGAGGCGCUACGCUACGAGAUCAGACUGAAGGUGGAGGAGCCUCAGGACGUGGUCACAGGUAACCCCACCGUCAUCAAGAUGCUGGUCAACUUUUACCGUCAUGCUCGUGGUCACAACGCCCUGCGGGAGGCGCUGGGACCGGCUCUGCAGGACGUCCUGCAGGACAGGACCUUGAGCAUCAGGACCGACCCGUUGGACGUCUACAAGACCUGGAUCAACCAGACAGAGACCCAGACCGGACAGAAGAGCUCUCUGCCCUAUGAGGUUUCAGCUGAAGACGCUCUGUCUCACCCUGAAGUUCAGAGACGUAUUGAUGUCGCCAUCAUCAACCUGAAGAACCUGACGGACCGAGUCCUCAAAGCCAUCACCUCCAACCUUCACAAGCUACCGUACGGGCUGCGUUAUACAGCAAAGGUCCUCAGAGAUGGCUUGAAGACAAAGUUUCCUGAAGCCAGCGAGGACGAGCUCUACAAGAUCGUAGGUAACCUGGUCUACUAUCGCUACAUGAACCCAGCCGUUGUGGCUCCUGAUGGGUUCGAUGUGGUGGACCGGUCGGCCGGCUCCACCGUGCAGCCGGAUCAGCGCCACAUCCUGGGCUCCAUCGCCCGCAUGCUGCAGCAUGCUGCUGCUAACAAACGUUUCCACGGUGACGGAUACCACGUCAGAGCUCUGAACCAGUACAUCAGCCAGACUCACAGCAGGUUCAGGAAGUUCCUGGUGUGUGUGUGUGAUGUUCCGGAACCAGAGGACCGGUUCAGUAUGGACGAGUACUCGGAGCUGCUCGGCGUCCACAGACCCGUCAUCUACAUCUCUGUCAGCGAGUUGCUCAACACACACAAGCUGUUGUUGGAGCAUCAGGAGGUGUUGUGUCCGGACUCCUCUGACCCCCUCAAACUGCUGCUGCAGGACCUCGGAGCAGUCCCCCCCCUGCAGGAACUUAUCGGAGAGUCUUCAUCAUCUUCAUCAGAUCCAGGAGUGUCUCACAGCUCUAAGACCGAGGUUUCUCUGACUCUCACCAACAAGUUCGACAUUUUCAACGACUCUGAUGACAAACCAGAUGCUAGAGGCCUGCUGCUCAGCACGAAGCAGCUGAUCAUCGAUGUCAUCAGGACUCAGCCAGGUGACUCUCUGAGUGACAUCCUGAGAACGUCCUCCUCACACAACCAGGAAGUGUGCCAUGAUUGGCUGAUGCAGCGGCGAGCCCGGCAGGACGCUCGAACACCUGAGAAGAUGAAGAGGAACCAGUCACUGGUCACUAACGGCAACCUGAGUCUAGUGGAGAAGAAGAGGAAGAUUCUGAGGAGUCUUCGUCGUCUGGAGGGUCUCGGAGUCCUGAGACCUCUUCAGGCCGAAAACCAGAUCCUACAGAUGAUCGCCAAGGACGUCCGUCAGCAGCGUCUGCACCGUCAGCGUCGGGGGGGGGAGCUACUGAAGCUCCGUCAGACCCUCGUCAGUCUGCAGGAGAAGAGCAGCUUCCACAGUGAGCAGGUGGACUACUACAGACAUUACAUCACUUCCUGUUUGGACAACCUGACCGCCAACAGUAAAUCGAACAAUAAGAAGACGGCAGAGAGCAAAGGGAAGAAGAAGCUUCCUGUCCUGAGUUACAGCGCCACCCGACUGCAGGAGAAAGGAGUUCUGUUAGAGAUCGAAGACCUGCCACCGACGCAGUUUAGAAACGUUAUCUUCGACAUUGUUCCUGGAGACGAACGAGGAAGUUUCAAGGUUAAAACUCGAUUUCUGGGCGUCGAGAUGGAAGAGUUCCUGCUCAAAUAUCAGGACCUGCUGCAGCUCCAGUAUGAGGGUGUGGCUGUGAUGAAGAUGUUCGACAAAGCGAAGAUCAACGUCAACCUUCUCAUUUUUCUGCUCAACAAGAAGUUCUUCAAGAAAUGAUCCUAGUGAACAUCUUAUCUCACACUCCUAUCUCUGCUCAUGCACUACCCAGUUUUUUCACUGUAUACGACAGAGUUAGGCAUCUUUCUAUGCACUCCUAUCUCUGUAUCAAUCCAAUAAGCUUCAUAAUGUUUCUAAGACUUUAACAAAGAACAAUAUGGAUGAAUAAUCAUGGCGAUGCAGAGUGAAGCAUCUUCUCCACGCUCCUAUCUCUGUAAUUUCUACCUAAGUUAUCAGCUUUUGUAUCACACAAUAUAUCCAAGUGAGACAUUUUCAGUUCUAUCUCUGUAGUCCUGUCCUCUAACUCUGUGGAAUAUAGACAGAGUGGGACAUCUGUCUUUUGUCCCUGCAGUCCGCAUCAUUUGAUGUUUUAAUGUCAAUCAGAUUUUUUUCUCUGUCACACAAAAAUGGUGAUCAAUAACACCUGGCUGAUCCAUAACUGUAAAUAUUUUCUGUCCAUUUCUGAUUUCAAUAAAAUAAGAAAAGCA